AUGUCCACAGCGCGCGUCGUCGCGACGACGUCGACGCCGACGACGCGGUCUCGCGCGCGGUCUCGCGCGCGCGACGGCGGCGCGCGCGCGACGACGCGGGCGUUGCCGAGCGAUCCGUACGAGACGAAUCAACUCUUCGCGGUCGCGGGCGCGACGUUCGCGCUCGGCGCGUGCGCGCUCGCGCUCGCGUCGAGGGGCGAUCCGGAACCGUGCGCGUCGUGUUCGGGCUCGGGCGGGGAUCCGUGCGUGUUCUGCGACGCCACGGGACGGCGAACGACGCCGACGGGGGGGGCGGACGCGACGGCGCGGGCGCUCGACGGCGCGCUCGGGACGACGCGGAGGAACCCGUACGAGUGCACGGCGUGUAAGGGCUCGGGGUUGAUCAUGUGUCGACGGUGUCGAGGCACUGGGUUCGUUGGAUAG